UUGUAAUCAGGUUUACGUCAUCAGCUCUCUGACUGAUCAAGAUAAGGUUCUGUCGGAUUUCUCGCUAAGACGUUCGACACGUCCUUCCGGUCAACAUGAAGCUGACGAUGACGUGUUUCCGGGUUGUCCUCCUGUUGUCCCUAGCUACCGUGGUGCUUUGUAACUUAAAGAUCGCCUCUUUCAACAUAAAGUGGUUGAGUGUCAACAAACUUUCCAAUAACAGCACGCUGAGCGUCAUCAAAAAGAUUUUACAGCGGUACGAUAUCAUCUCCAUCAUCGAGGUGAGGUCGGACCAUGCCAUCCACGACCUGGUCCAGGCUCUCAACAUGGACAGUCGGGACGACCCGUUCGGCGUGGUAGUGAGUAAGAAGUUAGGCCGUAACGUGCACUACACAGAAUCGUACGCCGUUCUCUUCCGAAUGAAUAACGUGUUUGUACAGGAGGUACAUCAGUUUCCGGAUAAUUAUGACGUGUUUUCCCGCGAACCAUACGCUGUUGUAUUUCAUUCUCUUGAUUCACGGCCGUCCAACUUCGUGUACAUAGUUCUCCACACCCAGCCCUCGGACACGCCCGCUGAGCUGGAGCACAUGGUGUCUGCCUAUGAAAACAUCACCGCCCUCUUGGGGGUCCAGAACGCCAUCAUAGCCGGUGACCUGAACGCCGACUGUCGUUACCUGUCUCACACUCACUAUAACACAAACCUCCUACAAACUGACAAACGCUUCACCUGGCUCAUCGACAGUGACGCCGACUCCACAGUUUCCACCACUACCGACUGCGCCUACGACAGAUUUAUCAUUGCCGGGGACGAAAUGAAGAACAGUGUUGUACCUAACAGUGCACGCGUGUAUAACUUCCAGCAAGAGAUGAACCUCACGUACAACGAGAGCAUAGCCGUAAGCGACCAUUUCCCCAUAGAGAUGGAGAUCAGUGGAUGAGGAGGCAGAGCCAAGGCAGGCCGUUCGGAAGAUCAACAUGUUCUCUGUUAAUGUAACGAUAAAUACGAGACAGGCCGUUCGGAAGAUCAACAUUUUCACUGUUAAUGUAACGACAAAUACAUUGCUUGUUAAUACAACAUGUUUUGAAUAUUGUCAACUAAUUAUGUCCAUAGAAAAAUUCUUGGGUCUAUUUUAGGGGAUUAAAAUGGGGUCUAUAUGUAUUGUUUUGACGAAUGGAGUAUAAAAAAAACACAAUUAAAUACGAUUAUAGAAGGGGUAGCCAACUGAACCGCUUUCAGUUGGCGUUCAUAGUCAGGAUGAAUGCCAAAUGGAAAUCAUAUUUUUUUUUAUUUCUUAGUACAAUAUAGUGGCAAUGACAAAAAGAGGUAAAUAUAUAAGGAUAUACUCCCAUAAAGUGCCUGCUUUAUCAUGCUUUAGUUGCCAAAUCAAAUCCGGAGGUUAGGGGUCAAGGUCACAAUUAAAUCUCACGGUUUUCAAGUUUCUGUGACGGUAACGCAUUAAUGACGUCACCAUUAAAAAAAAUAUUCUUCGUCUAUUCAUUUACGUCCAAAAAACCCUUUGUUGUCUUAUCAAAGCUUUACAUAUCAUCCUAGAGCAGCUGCACUGUUUCUCACGACAGAAUUCACCAUACUAGAAUUCGUUCAGUGUUUAUCAAUGACCGAAUACAUACACUGCCCACAUUGCACAUAUAUAUAUAUAUAGACCGCUCUGCAAGUUCGUUUUGACAUAUCGUUCAUAUAAUGUUUCACCUUUGUGUAAAUAAAAAUAAGUUCCAGCCAUAUGUUCGUAUACAAAGAAAUCAUUAGAAUGUGUACACUUACCAGUUAAAACGCCGACAAUGCUUCACAAACGUUAAGAAAACGCUUUUCCAAAAACGUAUGAACAGAUAGUAUCUGGUCAACAGGGCCUUUCACAUACGAGUCACCAACCCUUUACGGUAUGAUAAAUGCCUCAUUCGUGUAAACAAAUUGUCAGCAUUUUUUUUUUACCAAACUUUACCUCGAACGUAGUCAUAAAAAAAAUAUUUUAAUUUCCAAAUCACAUUACGGGUCGUUUAACAUUAUAUUUGUUUAUUCUGUUGUACGUACGAUCCGAUCUUGCAUCACGAUAACUUUGAACGAAAGUGUCACCACUAUGGAACAGUAGAUUCAUUCCAUAACAUAAAAUAAUUUUACCAUCCGUGGCAUAAUAUUAGCUUCUCGUGUGGUCCUCGCGUGUUUUCGCGUCAGUACAGAAUCAAAGAUAUGCACCAAACUUCACAGCCAUUAUCCCGAAAAAAACUAGAAAAAAAAGCAAAAUCGCAAGCCAGUCGUUAUUGUCAUAAAAAAGCAUCGAAGCAGAGGGCUCCAUUUCGCAUGCAUAUGAUAUUUUUUAAAUGUUAACUUUGAGACCCCUCCCAAUGCAAUGCAUAACAUACAGAAAUGAACAAUGUCAUCUAUUUGUUUUCUCCGCUACAUUAAAAUUGUAAUUGACAUUUUGACAAACGGCGACAUUACACGCCGAACAUGUCGAUUUCGACAUGCAAGCUCCCGGCUCAUAGUUCAAUGGCGUCAUUAGAGGACGUCUGCUAUCUUUACGGGAGUCAUAUUUCAAUCAACUUUGUAUUGGAUCCAGUCCAUGGUGUGUGUUUUAAUAUGAAUUUGUAAGACAUCCGCAAAAUAUUAUUUAAGGCAUCAAUGGAUCGAAUAGUAACCAGAGGCAGAUCUUUGAAAACGUCCGCCACUUCACGCGAGGUAAACAGAUCCGAAGUCAAAUCUUUUGCUGUGUCCUAUGAAGCUGAACAUUUGAACUCCCGAAUAAAAUUGUACCAAAAAAAUCAGUGUAAGAGUUUCUUU